GGCGAUCACGGCGUAAAUAUCCUCGGCCUCAUCAAGACGCGCAUCGCCGGCUGCUGCCAUAGCCUUCAUUGCUCUUGAACAUCCGCCAGAGGAGUUCUUGGUUGUAAGGAACGGAGGCUAAUUGCUUAGACCCGCCCACAAUGGACCACCAACAACCCGUCCAGCAACCGUUGCAGCAGCCGUACUACACGAUACCAGAAGCGCAAAGAGAAAAGAUCGAGCAAUUGCAGUACCAGCAAGCGGCAUUUGAUCCGUACUAUGUGCAACCGCCCCUCGCCGAUGCCAAUCACCAUGCCAAUGGCCCGCCUGCCGGUUCAGGGCCGACCGUCCUCAGCGUUACACGCGGCGUCGCCCUGAGCGUGCUGGCCGCGAUUGUCCUUCUGCUCCUCCUCGUCAUCGGCCUCAGCGCAGGCCUGGGCGUCAGCCAGAGAGACUUGAACCAGGUCAAGGGCGAUUUAGCGGUGGUUCAAGCCGCGCUCUCCUCUGCGGUCGCCGUCGGCGUCGCAACGACGGCCUCCCUCGCGCCCACGUCGACCAGCUCGGCAGCCGCAACGCAGACCAGCGCGGCCGCCAACGACGUGGUGUGCCCGGGCGCCAAUGGCACCGUCUACACGGCGAGCACGGACGGCAAGCGGUUCCGGCGCAUGUGCGGCAUCGACUACGGCGGCAACGGCGAGUCGGUCGACAUCGGCAGCGUCAAGACGCUCAACCUGGACGCCUGCAUCGACGCGUGCGCGUCCCGCAGCAACUGCACGGGCGCCGGCUGGGGCGUCAUCGAGGGCGACAAGGGCCCCACGCACUCGUGCUGGAUGAAGGCGAACCUGACCAAGCCGCACAAGGCUACGCCGGAAUGGGCGUUUGCUGUCCUAUUGCCGGCGCAGGAGAAGUAGCGUGUGGUGUAGGUAAUGCAGGGCAGAGAGGUGUUGAUGGUUAUUGUGGAAUAGAAACAUCGAGUCAACUCAAUCGCACUUGCGCCGGGGCACACUCGGCAUACAGUCAGGAGUAGCAACGACGUUUAGCUGGUCUCCGUCUCACCGCCGCCGCCGAUCGUAUGCCAUCUUGGGUGAUGGCGACUCUGCAGGCGCACAAUAGUUAGCUGGCGGAGCCCCUUCCUAGCCCGAGAUCGCCGCGUUCCGGG